AUGGACAGAACCUUGGAGUCUUUGCAACUUGUGAUUGCCCGAGUUCUUCCUAAUAGAGACCCUACCCUGGUAUUUAAAGACUUGAAUGUCAUAGCAAUAUUGCAGGAGUUCCGGGAAAGCAAACAGAAGCAGAAAGCCCUAUUUCCAAGUGAAGGCAUCAUUCUAUAUGAGUCACUGACAUCCCUGGGCCCACCAUUUAUGAGUUACAUUACCUUGCCAGGAGGAAGUUGCUUUGGUAACGUUCAGAGCUGCUUAAGCAGAGCAGAAGCAAGGUGAGAUGCUGCAAAGGUGGCUCUGAUCAACUGUCUCUUCAAUGAAUUGCCUUGUCGCAGGAUCACAAAGGAAUUCAUCAUGGAAAGUGUUCAGGAGGCUGUUUCCUCAACCAGCGGUAACUUGAAGGAUGCUGACAACUCAGGUACUAAUAUUGGAGCCUAUCAUUACAUGCUAGAACCAAACAUUGGAAAGACAAUGCUGGAAUUUCAGGAAGUAAUUUCCUCCUACUCCCAGUAUUCCUUAGAUGAAAGGAUGAGAAGUCACAUGGCCCUGGACUGGAUUACAAAGGAGCAAGAAUCUCCAGGAAUUAUAUCGCAAGAACUGCAAGUUGCACUUAGGGAACUGGAAGAAGCCAGGAAAGCUGGGCAGGAACUGAGGUUUUACAAAGAAAAGAAAGAAAUACUGAGCUUAGCCCUGAGUCAGAUCUACAGUGAUCAAGUUAACUCUUCCUCAUGGAAUGAUCAAAUGAGCUUGGUUUUACAUGGCUACCACUAA